AUGCACCAAGUAUACUCGCUCCUUGCAGGGCUUCUGUUUGUCUCACUCUCGCGAGCAUUCAGCCUAGACGCCACCACCAAACACUGGAACUACACGACGAAUAACUUGGCGAGUACUACCUCUCAAAGGUGUAAGGAUGCAUACAGCGCGGAUAUCGCUUGCGAUUCUUACUUGCUUCAGCUGGUGAAUGCAAAUGAAGAACGCCACUUCUUAGACGACAUGGAACCGGAGAACUUCACCCAGACCUGCACUGCCGCCUGUCAUUCGUCCUUGACUAAGUAUAUUGCAAACGUCAGAGUGGCAUGCACAGAGCGCGACGACGCCGCAGUGAGUUCCUUGGGUUUUCUGGGCAAGGAAGGAACCGAGAAUGUGCCCGUCCAGACCAUCGGGCACAUUUUGGAGUACCAUUUGAUGCGGUCCUGUGCGAAAGAGGAGGAUGGCAGUAACUGCUACCUUACUCAAAGUGGUGUUCUUCCCUCGGACUUUUCUUGCACCUGGAACUGCGCUCUCGCCUACUACUGGAAUAGGCAUUUCUAUCCCUACAGCUAUUGGAGCCUUGGCGAUUCCCGUAUCGUUGAAUUGGACGACGAUGGCAAUGAAACCAAAAUCGGAAACAGUAUGUUGCUUACCACUGGGCAUAGUGAUAUCAUGGAUACGGAUGGUUGGAAGACUAUCCAAAACUGUGGGUUUGGAAACUCAACCAAACCACCGUUUGACAUCGGGCUGUCAGGUAAGGUGGAAGAGAACAGUGUUACAUCCGUAUCAAAGUUCUCUAACGAGACGGACACCUCUGGGGGUUCGACGACCAGCACCGCUACAAGUACGGGGUCCGGGGCUUCCUCAAGUACACCAAGUCCCACACAAACAGGUGCAGCUGUUGGGCUUUGCACGAUCCUGUAG